AUGGCCGUCGCAACACUCAGUGUCGGAACUCUGGGGCCCAUCUUCGGGCUCACCUUCUGGGACAGCUUCGCCAUCAUCCUGCCCGUCAACAUCUUCACGUGCAUGAUCCCAGCAUGGACGGCGACGAUUGGCCUGACAGGCCUGCGGAUGACAACCUUCUCUCGCUACUCCUUCGGAUACUGGGGAAAUCUCAUCGUCGUAGUGUUCUCCAUGAUCUCCACCACCGGCUGGAACGCAAUCAACGCCAUCUCGGGAGCGUCAUGCCUGGCGGCCGUCUCGGGCGGUAGCCUACCCAGCUGGGCGGGAGUCAUCAUCAUAACGACAACCGUCUGGGUGAUAUGCGUGUUUGGGAUUUCGUGGAUCCAUCGCAUCGAUGCCUUCAUUUGGAUUCCUCCGUUGAUCGUCUGGUGCGUUGCAGCCGGCACAGGAGCAAAGCAUUUUAGUGGCGAUGCCAUCCCAGCGCCCACCGGCGCGACGGGCGCAGGAUCUGCCCUAUCAUUCAUCGCCGUCGUCUUCUCCUUCGCCGUAUCCUGGAUCAACUGCGCCGCAGACUACAACGUGCGGAUGCCAACAGAGACACCGCGCUACAAGAUCUUCAUCGCCACGUACAUCGGCAUCUGCGUCCCCGCUGUGUUAGUGCAGUCGCUUGGUGCGGCUCUCUAUAGCGGUGCGCAGACUGAUCCAAGCUGGAAAGCGGCAUUCGCUGCCUUUGGCGUGGGUGGGCCGCUCGCCAAAGCACUCGAGCCUGCUGGAGGGUUUGGGAAGUUUUUGGUUGUCCUUGCUGGUCUCAGCUCGAUCCCAAACAACAUCCCAAACAACUACUCCUUCGCUCUGCACGCGCAGAAUUUCGGGCCCUGGGCCGUCCGAGUCCCUCGAAUCCUCUUCGUAACCAUGGGUUAUAUCAUCGCCAUCAUCGUGGGAUCCCUCGCAUCUCUUUCCUUCGCCAGCUCGCUCCAGACCUUCCUCAGCAUCAUCGGCUACUGGACAGUGAUCCACAUCGUAGUGGUGGCAGAAGAGCACAUUUUCUUCCGGAAAUGCCGAUGGUCUUCGUACAGCUUGGAUGCGUGGAACGAGCCAGCGCUAUUCAACUUUGGCUGGUCUGCUAUUGGCGCGUUUUGCUUUGGAUUCCUGGGUGCCGCGAUGGGCAUGAAUGUCGAAUGGUUCAGUGGGCCCAUCGCAAGGCUUAUCGGAGCCCACGGCGCAAACGUUGGACAGGAGCUUUCGUUUGCGUUUUCGGCGCUCACGUUUCCGUUGUUGAGAUGGUUGGAGUUGAGAUGGUCUUCUGAAUGA